AAAGGUACACAUUCUCCUCUCUAAUUGGAAUCCGCUGGUUUAGCUCUAAUUUUCAACCAUGGAGAUGCCACUUGCUCGCUUUCAGAACAUUUCAUUGGAUCAGCUACGAAGUAUCUCAUCCUCAGAUCAUAAGGUUUUUCGGGAAAAUUCUUUGUUUUCUGGUAACUGUUUUGGAAUCGGUAGGAGAAAAUGGAGGAACCCAUCUGAUCAAAUCAAGUGUCUUUCACUGGAGCAGGGGUUGCAACCGCGGCCCAAGCCAGAUCUUUCGAGAGUUCACACAGAUGUAAAAGAAGUUCGACUGGAUGAAACUCAAGUAAAGAAAUCCGGUUUGAGAAUUUGUAGCAAGAUAGAAAAGCUAGUUUUGUGCAAUAGGUUCAGAGAGGCAUUUGAUUUGUUUGAAAUUUUGGAGUUGGAAGGCAGUUUUUUGGUGGGUACUAGCACUUAUGAUUUGUUAAUCCAGGCCUGUAUAGGGUUGAGGUCUGUUAGAGGAGUGAAGAGGGUGUUUAAUUACAUGACAAGAAAUGGGUUUGAACCAGAUCAGUAUAUGAGGAACAGGGUACUGCUUAUGCAUGUCAAAUGUGGGAUGAUGAUUGACGCGCGUAAUCUGUUCGACGAAAUGCCAGAGAGGAAUAUGAUUACGUGGAACACGAUUAUUUCAGGAUUGGUUGAUGCAGGGGACUACUUGGAGGCAUUUAGGUUCUUUAUAAAUAUGUGGGAGGAGAUUUCUGAUGCUGAUACAAGAACUUUGGCCACAAUGAUCAGGUCGGCUGCUGGAUUGGAACAGAUUUCUGUUGGCAGGCAGCUGCAUUCUUGUGCUUUGAAGAUGGGUAUUGGUAAAGAUACCUUCAUCUCUUGUGCAUUGAUUGACAUGUACAGUAAGUGCGGGAACAUUGAAGGUGCUCAAUUUGUUUUUGUUGAAAUGCCAGAGAAGACAACAGUGGGAUGGAAUAGUAUCAUAGCAGGUUAUGCACUUCAUGGUUAUAGUGAAGAAGCUCUGAAUAUGUAUUAUGAGAUGCGAGAUUCUGGUGUUAAAAUGGAUCAUUUCACAUUCUCAAUAAUUAUAAGAAUCUGCACAAGGCUAGCUUCAUUGGAACAUGCUAAGCAAGCACAUGCAGGUCUAAUCCGUCAUGGUUUUGGAUUGGAUAUAGUAGCUGAUACAGCUCUUGUUGACUUCUAUAGUAAAUGGGGAAGAGUAGAGGAUGCUCAGAGUGUAUUUGACUACAUGCCUUGCAAGAAUCUCAUAUCUUGGAAUGCCUUAAUAGCUGGAUAUGGUAAUCAUGGUCAUGGGGAAGAAGCCUUGGAGAAAUUUGAGCAAAUUCUGGAAGAAGGAAUGAAACCCAACCAUGUUACUUUCCUUGCUGUAUUACAUGCUUGUAGCUAUUCAGGAUUAUCAGAACGUGGUUGGGAAAUUUUUCAAUCGAUGAGCAGGGAUCACAAGAUCAGACCCCGACCAAUGCAUUUUGCAUGUAUGAUUGAAUUAUUAGGAAAAGAGGGCCUUUUAGAUGAAGCCUUUGCAUUAAUAAGAGGCGCUCCCUUCAAGCCUACAGCAAACAUGUGGGCUGCCUUGCUAACAGCUUCUCGUGUUCAUGGAAAUCUAGAACUGGGGAAAUUUGCAGCUGAGAAAUUAUAUGGGAUGGAACCUGAAAAGCUCAUUAAUUAUGUUGUGCUUUUGAAUAUCUACAUCCGUUCUGGCAAGUCAAAGGAAGCAGCUGCAGUUGUGCAGACCUUGAGAAGAAAGGGUUUGAUAAUGCGUCCAGCAUGUAGUUGGAUAGAAGUUAAAAAACAACAGCAUGUUUUCCUUUCUGGAGAUAAAUGCCAUGUCCAAACAAAGGAAAUUUACCAGAAAGUUGAUAGCUUAAUACAUGAAAUUUCAAAGCUGGGUUACGUUCCAGAAGAGAAAACUUUGCUUCCGGAUGUUGAUGAGCAGGAACAACGUGUAUUGUUGUACCACAGUGAGAAGCUGGCUAUAGCAUUUGGGUUAAUCAAUACUCCAGAGUGGACACCUUUGCAAAUUGUGCAGGGCCAUCGGAUUUGUAAUGAUUGUCAUAACGCUAUUAAGUUUAUAUCUCAGGUUACUCAACGGGAAAUCGUCAUGAGGGAUGCUAGCAGAUUCCACCGUUUCAAAAAUGGGAGUUGUUCUUGUGGUGAUUACUGGUGAUGGCAAUCCAAUUUUGUUGAAGAAUUUAACAUUGUCAUUUUAUAUCUUUUUCUGUCCCCCUUAUUACACAGAAAUACAAUCAGUUAUCUACU